UAGACCCACCUUCUAUCGAGUGUUGACGUUUUGUUUGGGUCAAAGGUCGUAAACAAUCUGCACACGUGUGCGCGCUACAUACUGCGGGAAACAUCUUGCAUGUCUUGCAUUGCAACAACACGGGGUUGUGCAGCUCGGCGUAAUUUCUUCAAUAAGUAUUCAUUGGAAUGGAGGAAAAUAAAACGUUUUAUUUGGGAGCAACAGUUGCUACUGGAUUCGAAAGAACAGCCCAAGAUGAAUGCACAGAGAAACUUGGCCCAGAAGCCAAUGCCUGCAGUGGUAGGGGAAGGAUUUAUUUCCAACUCUGCAGAAGUCAGUUGAAGAAGGCAUUGGACCUUCGAAGUAUUGAUCAUUUGUUUGUCGUGGUUAAACGGCUUAAAGCCCUGGAUCUACAACAAAGCAAGGAUAAAUCCCUUGAUGAACUUUGUUGCCAUCUGACCCAUUCAGACUGGGAGCAGUCAGUGGAAGUAUGGACGCUCUUCAAGGGACUGGACUUCACCCCGACUGUCUUGGAGAGCUUUCUCUCGUCCUCAAGAACCAACGGAAAUACAUCCAGCAUCGAUGAAACUUCAAAUGAUAAACCUAGUGAUUGUUCUUCCGAGAGUGACACAUUAGAUAGUGUACCCAUCCAAGGGACUCUGGAUGCACAGCCAGCACACCCAUCGCUACCUGAGAACCCACCCUAUCUACCCACAUUUCGGGUGACUGGGCACCGCGUCGGCGAUCGGCAUAACUUCUCCUCUCAGGAAGCAGCCAGUAAGAUGGGAGAGCAUCUGAUCCGUCGCUACGGCUGGCCUGUCAAGAUGAAGAAGUUUGACAUGGAGGUACUGGUGAAUGUGAACAACGAUGACGCAACGAUUGGCAUUAAUCUGACGGAGGAAAGCUUGCAUAAGAGAAAUAUUAUCCACUUUGGUCCAACAACUCUUCGGUCAACACUGGCCCACUGUAUGCUGAGAUUAGGUGAGCCACAACCGGGGGACGUUAUAUGUGAUCCAAUGUGUGGUGGUGGCUCUAUACCAUUAGAGGGAGCCUUGAAUUGGGGAAGCUACUUCUUAGGAGGUGACAACCACGACAUCGCCUGUGUUCAUUCCAGAGAUAACGUGGCAGCUAUGAAUGAAAAGAGACAAUCACAAGGAAGUGGCUGUCUACGCAUGGAUGUCAUACAGUGGGAUGUAACCAACCUACCCCUGAGGACCAACUCACUUGACGUCAUUGUAUCGGACAUGCCAUUUGGUAAACGGAUGGGAAGUCGAUUGAACAACUGGGAGUUGUAUCGUCGUAGUUUACUUGAGAUGGGGCGAGUCUGUCGUCAGGGGAGUGGAAGAGCUGUGCUUCUCACUCAGGAUAAGAAGUGUAUGGCAAAGAUUCUUUUCAAAGUGAGUUCAGUCUGGAGGAAGAAGGUCCAACUAGUCAUUAACAUCGGUGGAUUGUAUGCGUGUGUUUACGUGUUGAAGAGACGAGGUAAGACCGAGGAGGCUUCAAAACAAGAGGCUGACUCUUCUAGCCAGUCUGAACACACUUCAAAACAAGAGGCUGACUCUUCUAGCCAGUCUGAACACACUUCAAAACAAGAGGCUGACUCUUCUAGUCAGUCUUAACAUGCUUCAAAACAAGAGGCUGACCCUACUAGCAAGCCCGCAGAUUCACAGGAAGCCACAACAGCACAAACAAGCUGAACUUUCACCAAGACUUUCCCAAGGAGUUUAACGGUGAUGAAGAUAGAGCGCACCACAAUGAGCAAGUUUGAUCAAGGACUUAUGGUUGACUGGUUGUUGGUUAUGAAGCAGAUGAAAACUGAAGUUGAACUGGAACAUGUCAAAGUGACCAUAAAAUGGGGGAGGCCGGUUUGCCUGGACGAGUUCAUGGAAGCCACUGAUGCCUUUUUAAAUAACUUGACCACGACAAUAUUUUGGGAAAUGUUUUUUGAAAACAUUGAAAUUACUUUUCCUGAAAAUACUUGAAAUAUCAAAAGCUAUGAAAAAUGCAAUUCCGUACGAAAAGGCACCAAAGCUUCAUUCAAGAGAAAGAGAUCACAUAAAAUUAAACAAUUUCAAUGGCAGAAUAUUGUAUCAAGUUUGGGUCAAUUUUUGAAGUUGCAAUUUUAGGCUCUGAAAUGAUGCAGUAAAGACAUAUGAAUAUUUGGAAAAUUCAGUUUAAAGGCAGUGGACACUAUUGGUAAUUACUCAAAAUAAUUAUUAGCAUAAAACCUUUCUUGGUGACG